AUGCCCCAGGACAUGCCGCCCGUGGGCGGCUACGGCCCCGUCCAGUACAAGCGCAACCUGCCCUCUCGUGGCUUCCGCCCAGCCCAGCUCCUCUUCGGCAUGGGUUUGGUGAUGACAUAUGGCUGGUACAAGCUUGGAAAGGGUAUCAGGGAACAAAAUGAGCUCGCGCGCGAGAAGAUGUGGGCUCGUAUCCACCUGAUCCCGGCGCUUCAGGCCGAGGAGGACAGGGACGCCGUCCGGAGGCACCUGGCUGACCAGGCGAGGGAGAAGGAGCUCCUGGGCUCCAACUUCCCCGUUUACAACUCGGAUAGAUAUGUUCGCCCGACGUAUGCGGUCACUCCUACCCAGACCAAGGAAUAA